AUGGCUUGGGGCAAUCUCUGGAUGGUUCAGGAGGUGGUGGACUUAGUGUCCAAGAAGAAGCCCGAGUUCGUGUUUUUAAUGGAAACGAUGGUUGACGGGAGCCAUGCUGAGAGGCUCCGUGUAAAGCUGGGUUUUGAGGGGUGUUUUGCGGUGGAUAGUGAGCGUCAGAGGGGUGGAAUGUGUUUUUUAGGGGCAAAGAAUAAUUGUGCACGUUUGAUUAAGUAUUCGCACAAUCAUAUUGUUUUAAAGGUGUCAUUAUCGAAUAGGCCACUUUGGAGGUUAACGUGCUAUUAUGGGUAUCCGCAGAGAGACAUGAGGAGGGUUGCAUGGGAUUUCAUAAGAUCUCUCAGGGGGGUGACUGAUCUUCCCUGGGUAGUCUUGGGGGACUUUAAUGAUUUGUUGAUGCAGACAGAUAAGAGGGGAAGGUUGCCACAUCCGGAUGGUUUGAUUGAGGGUUUUGGUGAGGCUUUGGAUGACUGUGGUUUGAUGACGCUGCCCAUGAUUGGUUAUCCCUUCACGUGGGAGCGUGGUAGAGGGACUGCUCGCUGGGUAGAGGAGCGUUUGGAUAGGGUGGCGGCGAAUAUGGACCGGCUUGAGGAGUAUGACAGGGCGAGAUUGUUUAAUAUUCGAACUAACUCGUCGGAUCAUAACGCACUAUUUCUGGAUAUAUGUGGGAUGGUUCAUGUUCCAAGGUCCCGGGGCUUCCGGUUUGAGAAUGCGUGGCUUCUGGACGGUGGUUGUAGGGAGGUGGUUGAGAGGGAGUGGGCCAGUACGGCUAGACUUGAUGUAUGUGGUCGGGGUAUGAGGAGGUGCGGUGGGGACCGCUAUCAUAGAUAUGGUAAACGGAUAGAGGGUAUCCAAAAGGAAAUGAAUGCCUUACGAGGUGGCCGUGACCCUGUUUCUUUGGCUUACGAGGUGGCCGUGAGCCUGCUUCUUUGGCUCGGUUUAGGCAGCUUGAUGAGCAGUUGGAAUGUGAUCCUGAAGCUAAAAGAUGAUAAUGGUGUUUGGAGGGAGAGUAGUGCUUUGGACUCGGUGGUUACCAGCUAUUAUAAGCAUAUCUUUGCAUCGGGCGGAAGUCCAGGGGUUUUCAAUGUGGAUACCAUGCGGUCGUGUGUAACCAGGGUACAGAAUGAGGAUUUGUUGCGACCUUUUGAGCCGGAUGAGGUGCGGAAUGCUUUGUUUUCUAUGGGCAAGGAUAAAUCCCCGGGACCGGACGGCAUGAACCCAGGCUUCUAUCAGUCCUUCUGGGAUGUUAUUGGUAAGGAUGUUACUGAUAUUGUUCUUCAUUGUUUAUCUGAGAAGUCUUUUCCUGCUAAUUUGAAUGAUGCCAAUACUGUCUUGAUUCCAAAGAAGUGUUCCCCUGUGUCUGUGUCUAAUUUAAGGCCAAUAGCUUUAUGUAAUGUGCUGUUGAUCUCAGAUAAUAUACUUAUUGCAUAUGAGGUUGGUCAUUAUUUGAGGAGGAAACAGUUGGGGCAGGUUGGUUGGGCAGCCUUAAAGCUGGAUAUGGCUAAGGCUUAUGAUAGGAUGGAGUGGCCUUUUGUGCGUCAGAUGAUGAUUGGUUUGGGUUUUGAUGACAAAUGGGUUCAGUUGGACUCACAGGCUAAAGGGCUUUUACAUGGGUGUAGAGUGGCCAGGGGGGCUCCAUCGAUCUCACACUUGUUUUUUGCAGAUGACAGUCUGCUUUUCUUUAAAGCUAAUCUCCAGGAAGCAUUGGAAGUGAAGAAAUGUCUGGGAAUUUAUGAGUCUUUCUCAGGUCAGGCGGUUAAUUUCCAAAAGUCAAGUAUUACGUUUAGUCGUAAUACAGUUGUGGAAGAUAGGGAUCUUGUGGCGGAUGCUUUAGGUGUUGGCCAAGCUGAUGAUUUUGGAAAAUAUCUUGGUUUGCCUUCUGUUGUAGGCAGGAAUAGGAAAGCGGUUUUUGCCUAUGUUGAGCAGAAGCUGAAGCAAAAGUUUGGCUCGUGGAAUAAAAGACUGUUAUCCAGGGCUGGAAAGGAGGUGCUUUUGAAAAGUGUUGCUCAGGCAAUGCCCACCUAUACGAUGACCAUUUAUUUACUUCAUAAAACUUUAUUUAAUGCCUUAGAAAGAUUGAUGAAUAGGUACUGGUGGGGGCAGAAAUGCUCAGAGGGUAGCAUUCAUUGGAUGUCCUGGGACAGAAUGUGUGUGCCAAAGAAGUUUGGAGGUUUGGGUUUUAAGCGCCUGCACGAGUUUAAUCUUGUGUUUUUGGCUAUACAAGGGUGGCGUUUGCUAACCAACCCGGGGUCUCUAAUGGCUUGGGUUUUCAAGGCCAGGUAUUACCCUACUACUACGUUUUAUGAGGCUUCUAUGGGUGGUAACCCGAGUUACGCGUGGAGGAGUAUUUUCGCAGGUCAGGCUUUGCUCAGAUCUGGAUGCAGGCGUAGAAUUGGUAAUGGCAGGACCACAAGGGUUUGGUCUCAUCCUUGGCUCCCUGAUGCACAUGAUCCCUAUGUGGGACCUAUUCAACCGGGUUUGAAUCAGGACCUUCUUGUUUCUAACCUGAUUGAUAAUUCCACCAAUGGGUGGAAAGAUGAUUUUAUUCAACAACAUUUUGCCCCACGAGAUGUGCUGCUCAUCAAAUAG